AUGCACCCGGAACAACAACCGUUGCAGCCCAUGGGUCCGCCGCCGACGCCUCCGUUUUCGGCAACAAACGAAGCGCUUGGGUCGCAUGCGAAUCUCAAGCGACGCAGGGUCUCUCGUGCUUGCGAUAAGUGCAGGUUGAAAAAGAUCAAGUGCUCGGGAGAACAGCCUUGUAUGCAUUGUACCGUCUACUCUUAUGCCUGUACCUUUGAUCAGCCAAGUCCGAGGCGGCGGGUGCAUACACAAGAUCAAGUAGACCAGCUUGAAGAGCGUUCUGCACGUUAUGAACGUCUCCUGCGAGCCUUUGCGCGGCGGCAGAAACUGACCUUGACGUCGGAAGACGGCAAUUUGCUUCAAAAAGAGCUGUUGAGUCUUGAACAGGCCCUCAACCUGCCAGAGUGGCAGGAGUCAGUGAGCCCGGAUGGCGAUAGCCCUCCAUACCAGUCUUCCAAGACACAAGUCUCUACGCCGGGUAAGCAGCUCGAGAGUAUGAUUGACGGUGUUGGUGAGCUACACAUGGAUGUGCAUGGUCAGACUGAGUACCGAGGUGACUCCUCAGGGACACGCUUUACGCAUAGCGUUUGUUCUCGCGUCCUGGAUGAACGAAGUCUCGCAACGGGCGAUAUCUAUGGGAAUGGAGAUAGCAUCCAACAUCACUUGCGAGCCCGCAGUCAAUCUCGUCAGGGAGCUGUCAAGCAAGAGAACAGCGAUCCAGCCGACGAGGCUGACGAGCAUAUUGAACUCGAACAAAACGACGUCCUUGCAGAUUCUGCGGAAGAUGUGGAUUUGCCUCCGCGCGACAUUGCAAAAGUCUUGAUCAAACUGUGCUUCGAUCACGCUUUGGCAGCCUUGCAAUUCUUCCAUGAGCCGUCCUUCCACAAGGAGAUGCAGGCUCUGUACAAAAACGUCGAGGCGGAGGAGGACGUGGAGGAAGAACCAUUCUUGCCAGUCUUUUUCGCAACGCUUGCUGUUGGUUGCAUCUUUUCAAAGGGCGUCAGUGAUGAACUCAAUAUUGAGGACCCAAAGUUGCGCGCCUUCCAAUACUUUCAAGCAUCCAAGCGUCGCUCAGACCCGCUGACUCGAGCCAAUUACUUUGUGUUGCAGACACUCCUCUGUCAAAGUCUGUUUCUCCAGUCCACUGCAAACAUGAGCGUAUGCUGGUCGCAUCUUGGAUUGGCACUCAAGUGUGCGCAGCGUAUGGGUAUACAGCGCAAUCUCGGCCGUGCCUUCCGACCCAAGGAACGUCAUCUACGCAAGAAACUAUUUUGGAUUUUGCGCAAUCUCGACAUGUACCUGCAUGCUGUGCUUGGUCUGCCACGCGGUAUUGAAGAGGAAGACUAUGAUCAGGCACCGGCUGAAGAGUUGGACGAUGAGUAUCUCAUGGACGAUGAUCUCGUUGGUGUACAGCCAGCCGACAUCCCAUCAACCUACAAUGCCGUCAACCAGUCCAGCAAGCUCAUGACAAUUCUUGGACACAUCGUUCGCCAAGUGUAUCCGAUCGGCCGCGAGCAAGGCCGUGCCACCAUCUCUCACCAGGCAAUUGGUUCCCUUGAACAAGAACUGAAUACCUGGUACGACGGUUUGCCACGCCACAUUCGAGAAGAAGCAGAAGCCACACGACUAGGCCUCAUGCAUUGGCGCAUCACAACGCUCAUUCACUACAAUUACCAUCACAUCCAGUUCUUGUUAUACCGACCCUUUCUACACUAUAUCGCCGACUCUGGGCGACCGCAGCAUCAGUCUUAUGCAAUACGCUGCAAACAAGCAGCUUUUGCCAUUUUGGACCUCACGACUCGUGUGUUGGAUAACGAACCGCAGCUGUUUGGACACAUUCUGACACUGUAUGCGACCUUUUUCGCCGGACUCAUCUUGUUCUAUUGCUUGAUUCAAGAAGAGACCGAAGCUGUUGCAGGUGAUCGGGAAGCGUGCUUGAAACAGGCUGACAUUGCUAUUCGCGCCAUGGUCGUCUGUUCAUCUUGUUCAUUUGCUGCCGAGCGCUGUCUUGAGAUUCUACAGCAAAUGAAGAAACAAGUACCAGUUCAUUCUGCAAAGAAGUUGAAGCAGCGAGAGCAUGUCAACGGUAGUGGCUCAUCAGGAACUGGUUCUGGCAGAUCUAGACAGCAAAAGAGCAACAGCUCCGACUCUCUUGGCAACGGCAGUGGCCCCUCGUCCAUCCUUUCCUCGAGGUCUUCCGAGUCGUCAAAAACGACCGUCACACCUCGUGCGCAAAACGGUUCUAUUGAGCCUAGAGGCCGCGGCAACAAGAAUAAGCUGUCUCUUGCUGGCUCUAUGCCGGGUCCUGAUCCAAUGUUCAACUCAUCGGCAGCAAAAAGCACCACUAGUAAAGAACCCACAAGGCCGCCGAUGCAGUCACGGCUCAAUCCCUCCUUUUCCAACUACUCUUCCCAUCCGCAACAGCAGAUGACACAGAGUCAGCACCAAUCAAACUCUCAAGACCAGCAAGUGACGAUGGAGUACGGCGAUUCAGCAUUUGCACAGCUCGAUUAUCCUAUGGGUCAACAUGCCAUGCAAGUGAUGGGUACGCCGCAGACAUUUGACUUUGAUGGCGUGUCGGACACGUAUCAGCCAUAUCCACCUAGCAGCAACCAACUGGGCCAAGAGCAAUGGCUGCCACACAAUGUAGUCCAGAUGAGUGAUUACGCGCAACCUUGGCUGCAGUAUGAUGCACAGUCUGCACCUCAGCAGGAUAUCGGGCUACAGGGACAGCAGUGGAAUGGUCAGGAAUGGACACAGCAAGAUUAUCAGCAAGAUCAACAGGCAGACUACAUAUCUCACAAGGCCAUUCGUCAUGAGACUCAGGUGCUGAUCCAUACCGUCAUGUCGGACGAAGAUUACGAUGAGUUAUUUGGCGACGCUGCUAUUGACGAGCAUGACAUUGUGGUGAUUGACGAUGAGCCAGAUCCAGUGCGCAAGCUUGUCCAAACCACGCUCGAUGGCAGGCGCCUCGCAGAAGGAAGACCGACAACGCCGCGUCCGCGCAAGUCCCCGACGUCUGCUGGAAGUGACAUUGCAGCUCAAAAGUACGCCAAUGCGCGCUUCAGAGACCGACAAGAGCCACCAACGCACCAUAAGCUAGAUGAAAGCACGAUCGGAACAUGGGUCUUUCCCACCAACUAUGCACAGCGUGACUAUCAGUUCAAUAUGAUAUCCAAGGCCUUGUUUACGAACGUGUUGGUGGCUCUGCCUACAGGAUUGGGAAAAACAUUCAUUGCUGCCAUUGUCAUGUUCAACUGGUACAGAUGGGCACCAGAGUCGAAGAUCGUCUUCCUUGCGCCAACCAAGCCGCUUGUGGCUCAACAAAUUGAAGCUUGCUAUCAUAUUUGCGGCAUCCCCUGGCGCGAUAUUGCAGAAAUGACGGGCAGUGUACCCGCCGCAAAGCGUACCUCGGCGUACAAGGAGCGGCGAGUCUUCUUCAUGACACCACAAACAUUCCAAAACGACUUGCGCAAUGGCCUGGUGGAUGGCAGGCAAGUCAGCUGUCUCGUGAUUGAUGAGGCCCAUCACGCGACUGGCAGUUAUGCCUAUACAGAGGUCGUCGCGCAAAUCAAAGCCGUCUCUCAGAGCUUUCGUGUCCUUGCGCUGACAGCCACACCCGGUAGGACGGUCGAGGGCGUCCAAGAAGUGAUUGACAAUUUGCUCAUCUCCCAAAUCGAGAUUCGCAACGACGAGUCACUUGAUAUUCGUGCCUAUACGCACACCAAAGAUAUCGAAACCAUCUCGCUGGACCUGGAUCAUGAUAUGAUUGCUGUGCAAACCUCGUUUGCCAGUCUCGUCAAACACGAUCUUGAUCGGAUCAAGUCCAUGGGUGUUGGCUGCACGAGCGAUGCUACCAAAAUUAGUGCUUUUGGCAUUCGAGACGCAGUCAAUCGCUUUUGCAUAGCAGCCAGGGGUAAUGGCAAUAUGAAUGCCAAUGCCGUCAGAAGCAUUGGCGCAUUCGUGGCAAGUAUGGGCCAAAGCAUGACGCUGCUCAACGAACAUGGCAUGCGACCAUUCUACGAGGAAAUGAAGGAACUCAGAGCAGGUGUCAAGGGCUCUCAAAUGAAGGCGAGGGUAGUCAACUCGCGCGUGUUCAAGGAGAUGAUGGCUGAUAUUGAAGAAGCGCUGCAAGACCCCAACUACACGGGUCAUCCCAAGCUGGAUUAUUUGAAUGGUCUCAUUCUCAAUCAUUUCCAGAAAGCAGCCGAAGCCGGAGAGAUGGGUACGCGGGUCAUGGUGUUUUCCAGUCUUCGUGCAUCAACAGAAGUGAUUAUCGCAAGUCUCAAACGGCAUCAUCCGCUUGUCAAGGCAACUGGUUUUUACGGCCAGUCCAAGGGCAAAGGUGAGACUGGCAUGUCGCAAAAGGAACAACUUGCUACCAUCAAGAAGUUCAAAGAAGGCGUCUUCAAUGUGCUUGUUGCCACAUCUGUUGGCGAGGAAGGUCUGGACAUUGGUGAGAUUGACAUGAUUAUUUGUUAUGAUACAAGUUCGUCUCCUGCAAGAAUGCUCCAGCGGAUGGGUCGAACCGGUCGAAAGAGGUCUGGUCAAGUCUUUGUGUUGUGCACAAAAGGCAAGGAAGAAAUGGCAUUCGUCAAGGCCAAGGACGCACACAGGGUAAUGCAGCGCAAAAUUGAGUCUGGCAAGGACAUUAGGAUGUCUGCAAAGGUUCCUCGCAUUCUGCCAUGGAAUAUCAACCCAGUCUGCGAAAAGAGGCUGCUCGAGCUGCCGGAAGAUGACCGGCCAGAGGACCGAGAGCUCAAGACUCUUACCAAGACCAAAAAGCAGAAGAAGGUCUUUGCUAUGCCAGAAAAUGCUGAGCGUGGAUUUACGACUGCCAAGGCGCUUGCCAAGAAGAAGCCUGCUCCAUUUCGUCUGGACGAUGCCCUGAUUGAGUUGACGCCAAGCUGUGGAUUACUGGAUGCCGCUGGCGAGGAUGAGCUAGAACGUCGUUUUGGAGCCAGUCGGGCACUAGACUUCAAUGCAGGUGCAAUCCUGCAAGAGAAUGGCUGUUUUUCUGACGUCAAAUCACUCUAUAGCCUCGACACGACUGUGCGCGUACCACACAGCAAGACUCUGACGAAGCUCGUUCACAUGGUCGGACAAGAAUGGCGUCCGGCAAAGCUCAAGGCUAAAUCAGAACAAUGGAAGCGGAUUGCUAUGCAAAGCAAGCCGCUUUCAGAGUGCAUGGACGACAGUGAUGAGGGAUUUGGGAAUGACAGGUCCAGUCUCCUACAAACGAGGGAUUCUAAUGUGCAGACGAAGCGUCAAAGAAAGCAGUUGAGGAUGUCUAACACCACACGCAAGCGGAAGCAUGACAGCGACAGCGACGAACCACUCAUGUUCGUUGCCAAGAAGACGAGUGCCAGUGUCAUUUCCAAGUCACGCGCAGCUGAGAACGUGGAGCACUUGUUUAGUGAUGUUUCAGACGACGGCAUCUUGACGCGACUGACUAUCGACGAAAGUUCCCCUGAAUAUAAGAAGCCACAACGCAAAGGAGUUACCUCCAGUCAACUCGACAGAGAGUCGGACGAUGACCUGCCUGAGGUUGCAGUCAUGCUACAAGGAAAUGCAAGGGGUCGUCCUACAAAACACGCGACGCCUCUCAAACGAGUUGCACCAAAAUUGACAAGCUCAGCAGCCCGGCGACGUAUCAAAAUUGUUCAGGACGAGAGUGACGACGAAAGCGACAUUUGA